AUGCCACGCUCAACGACGCGCGACGUCCGUGGCCGCCUAGCGCUCGUCCAACGCACGUCUCACGCGUCGUCAUCGGCGCGGGACGUGACACAUGGCCCGGAACAUGCACCUACCCAAGGUCCUGGCCCGACGCUGGCAUCCACAAACGCUCGCGAACAUGGACGUCGCACGCAUGGCGGCAAUCACGGCAGCAGCCGAGCUGGUUAUAGCGGGCGCGGCGACAACGUGCCAACAUCUAUGCAGAUAAAGCAUACACGACCUACAGAAAGUCUUUCGUCACUGCAAGAUACACACACACACCCAUCCGAUACGCUCGCGACGCUUGCCGUGCACAAGCGCAAAGUCGCAGAUGUGCGUGUAUGGCUUACGGAGGCACUCGAUGGUACACCGACACUUGCUAAGUACCGAGCUGAACCAGAGCAGAGUGUGACGCCUUUCUUCUCGGUGGUCGACCGCUUUAGUGCGUUUCUUCAGUCAGUAUUGCGGUUUGCACCGCUGCCCCUGGCGUCACGAGACUCGAAUCGGUCAUGGAGGGCGCGUAGCACAGCAUCGGUGUCGCUGACAGAGAAGUCUAACGACGAGCAGAAACGACACCGACAACGGCGGAUCAUUCUCGUCGAGGACUGGCCAAAUCUCACACAUGAGCGCACUCGUGAAGGUGUGCAUAGAGCCUUGGAACGAUUCAUUCACAGUGCUGGGCAAGUGCCUUUGGUUUUAAUUGUAUCUGACACGGUCCCUCGUGCAGAUACAGAUGCAAAUGCAAAUGACACAUUUAGCUGGAGAUCGCGCCGAGCGGUCCAAAUGAAUAUCCGCAUGGCUGUGCCAGAGAGUGUGCGAAUGCAUCCUGCGUUGACUGAGAUCCGCUUCAAUCCACUCACAACGCGUAUGAUUCUUGGUGCUCUGACAGCUCAGGCCCCAUCACAUAUCCCACGGCACGUGCUCAAUGCCAUUGCUGAGGCGGCUGGCGGUGACAUACGGAGCGCUACGAAUGCCGUGGCCAUGCUCAAGAAUGUACCACCAAACAAUGUAUGCCAUGAAUCUGCCGCAGCUCUAGGGAAUGAGUCUGAAUCGGCGCUCGUCCUGUUUCAUGCUCUUGGACGUGUAUUGUACAACAAGCGAGCUGGCGACGCUGGCGAGACACUGGACGCUAAGACGGCUGCAGCAGGCAGCAUGGGUGACAAGAUGUCGCUGGAUAUCUGUGCUACAAGCACGGAAGAGUCAUCGAUACCAGAAUCAUCACCACCACCGCCACCUUGGCUGGUGCACCAGCGUCCAUCGCUUGUGAAUAUCGAGACUCUCUGGUCACAUUUGCCUGUGGAUGCCACCACAUUUCAACUGUAUUUGCAUCACAACAUGCUCGCAUUUAUGGAUGACACCGACGAGGCAUUAUUGGCCCUCGAGGCCAUGAGUUUCGCCGAUACUUUUUGCCGCAAAUGCGCGUGA